UAAGACACAGGCCACUGAAAGUCAUCGUCCUGAUUAAUUUGGAGUUUGGAUAUCUUUUAAAGACGCUUUUAUAAGAAGUCACAUAAGUAACAACUCCACUCACACAACAAAGUACCUCGAAGAUGGAUUCAUGGGUGACAGUACCUCCAGGCCUUGUGAUUGCGGCAAGCAAAACUUACCCGUUUCCAGGGCAGCAGUACCUAUCGCGACAUUUCACUCCUCCUGGGUAUGACGAAACUUUGUAUGGCGUGUGGACUGUGACGACUCUGAUACCAGGGGCUGUUAUAGAACAUUCGAACGGCGUUCCAGUGUUUCAUCGCCUCAACUGCUUUAACCUUCUUCAGAACAUGGACGUGCGAAACGGCUACGGUGGCUUUGAAGUGUUUCUGACGAAUGAUGACGGCAUGGUACGUAGAUGCAACUGGGUCCGGUUCUUGCAGUCAACUUCAAGGCGACAGGAUGCAAAUAUUAUUGGAUCCAAAGUCAAAGGAAAACCAGUGUUUCGAGUUUCGAAGACAAUAACCCCUUGUAGUGAGUUAAUCGCCUUCUUCGAAUCCACUGACUUUAGUAUUGAAAGUUUAUUAAGACCGGAUAAACCCACAGAUCAGCUGUAUAUAUCUACAGAGCCAAGCGUGCCAUAUUUUCCCAGCUCGUGUAUGUUUGCCAAUAACUUGUGUUCAGACUUUCCGCCAACAAAACCAAAGAAACCCAGCAAGAAGCCGAUGCUACCUUGUCAUGUUUGCAGCAAAACAUUCGAUCGGCCGUCACUCUUGAGGCGACACAUGCGAACUCAUACAGGUGAAAAACCACACGUGUGUGAUGUUUGUUUCAAAGCAUUCAGUACAUCGAGUUCGCUGAACACUCAUCGUCGAAUUCAUUCCGGUGAGAAACCACAUGUUUGUAACGUUUGCAACAAGCGAUUUACCGCAAGUUCCAACCUCUACUACCAUAAAAUGACGCACAGAAAGGAAAAACCUCACAAAUGCACCAUGUGCUCGAAGUCUUUUCCUACCCCAGGAGACCUGAAGAGCCACAUGUACGUACACAAUGGAUUCUGGCCUUACAAGUGUCGCUUGUGUGAACGGGGAUUCAGCAAGUACACCAACCUUAAAAACCACAUGAUGUUACAUACUGGUGAGCGACCACAUCCUUGUCAUCUUUGUAAAAAGAGGUUUGCUUUGGCGUGCAAUCUACGAAGUCAUCUGAAGACGCAUCAAGGCAACUCUCAGUCAUGAAGACGGACUAUUUAGAAGACGGACUUCAACAAAACAUAUCAGAAUAACUUCAUAGACCAUGAACUGCCAUCUAUCGACAUACCUGUACAGACGGUUAUACCAUACUCAUAUUAUCGACGUGUAAACGAACGUAUUGAGCCGCCAUCUCUAAUAACAAGCUCCCGACCAAGCUAUAUUUACAAAAUUAAUAUGUGAUCUUCAGUAUUGCCAUUAUAUAUCAUCCAUAAAUAGUAUACCCAUAAAUAUUUUGGAGCACACGAAUAGAAUAUUUGCCUUUCUAAUUCAGUUUUUUAUUGAGGAAUCGGUAAUAUAUGAUGGUAGGCCUAGUGGUUACAUAUUUAUGCUUACGCAAGACUUGCAAUUUCUAUUAAUUUAUUUGGAUUUUAACUAUGCAACUUGAACGUAGCAUUUCGCACACAGACACACACUGUUAUUUAUAGGUCUUGUUGUCUUUCAGGUAUCAGAAUCGUCAUUCAUGUUUUAGUAAAAUUCUAUACGUUUUUAUUUUUUAUAUUUAAAUCGUUAUUAACUUUUCUUUCCGUAUGCCUUCCUUAUCUUUUUCAUAUCUACAUAUUUGUUAGUAUGGUUUCAUGGAUUUAGACCUUUAGACCAGAUUAUAGUUAUGAUGUUUAUCUUUUAUUUUGCAUCUGUAUACUGUAUAUAAGAUUGUGGUUGUGAAUAUUUUAAUUCUUUAAUCAUUUAUUGACGGUUUUUUUUUUAUCUCUAUAGAUGUAUGUCCUCUCUUUUUUUAAAUUUUUUGAAAAGAUAUAUUAAAUUAUAACACAUAGACUUAUAUUUUUUAUGAUUGUCUAUUUUAUAUCGUGAAGUUUCUUAUUUCACUCGAGCUCUGUCUUGGUUUAGAAUAAGAAAUAGAAAUAGGCCUAAGCUUAUUAUUUAAGAUCAUCGUUUUUAAUAAAACUG